AUUUUCUGCAUUAAGCAAACAUUUAUGCUUGAAUUUGAGAUCUGGAUGGAUGUAUCCCCGACCAUGUAUAUGAAUGCCAACGUGGAACAGGCAAUACUUGUGACUAUGGUCAUCGUACCUCAUGCGCUCAGUGUGGGAAAUUGUCUUGCCCUUAAU